AUGCCGCCCGACUCGAAGCGCGCGCCCGUCGUCACCUACGUCAUCGACAGCGACGGCGAUGUAUCGACCUCAUACUCGGACUGCUUCACCGAUGUUGACGAAGUGACGCUCGAUGAAAUGGACAUGCUACCGCAUCUCGGGGCGCUACCUACAGCCAUGACAACGACCUCCAGCACUUCAGGCGGGUUCGAAGCGGCAAUAUCAGGCGCCGGCGUCAAGUCCGGAACCCAGUCGCCGCACAAGAACCCCUUGAAGAAGCGGCCGCGCGUCAUAUACGACUCUGAGGAUGAGCUCGACAGCCCACCUUCUGACACGGUCCUGCCUCGAUACGCCCUGCCUUCGCCGAGGGCGAGCCCGGUGAAACCUUCAGCGAAGAGCAGGCGCAAAGCGUCUACACGCACCAAUACCUCGCGCUCGUCUUCGGCUUCGACAUCUCGCACGUCGAACGUCACUACACCGAUCUUCUCGGAUGACGACGACAAGUCGCGUUACAAGACGCCCGUAAAGAAGCGGCCGCGCGUUGUGUACGACUCCGAGGAUGAGCAGAGUACCGAUACACCCGGCGAGGUGCUCCCGUCGCUGCGUGACCUGCUUUCGCCAAAGGCGGACUCCAGCAAACCCUCGUCCGGCGAGAAGGGUAAAGGCAAGGCGCCCGCUACGACGUGGACCCUGUUCCCUCUUAAGACUACCCCGUCAACUUCGCGUACAUCCAGUGCAUCGUCUAUACCCUCCCCAGACGUCGAAGCUCCGCGAGCUCCUGCGAAGUCUCUACCAACACCCGCACCUUCGCCAACCAAGCCCUCGCGCGCUAAGAUCCGUUCUCUUGUUGCGGCUUCGAGGUCUCUCGACUACAUGGAUGUUGACAUUCAGCCGGCUGUGACUACUUUAGAAGACGAUCCCCAUGCACCGGCACCGUUUUACAUUGCGCAACCACCAACCGAGAUACUAGGAGACGUUCGGAAGCUCGCCUGGGCGACGCAAUGGGAACUGUCUCGACUCGUCACCGAGGGAAAGCUCGACUGGAACUCGAGCGCGUUUCAGAAGAAGCUGGCCGCCGGUCAACUCCAAGGCGGUGCUGUCGAUGUCGCGCGUUGUGUAGCGGACAUCAUACUAGGCCAGAACCCGCACGCUCCGGCUUCGACGAAGGAAUAUGUGGUCAGGGCGCCGUGGGUGGAGCUCGACAGAGAGGCUGCAGCCCUCGGCAUAGCAACCUACGGUUGCAUGGGUACCAUGAACGAUGCGAUUGACGGCCUCCCAGAGAGCUGGUACGGCGGCAACGUGCACUAUGCCGCGAAGCUUACCCCAGGCGCGAGCGAUAAUGACCCGCCGACGCUUACCUUACUUCGGCCUGAGCGGCAUUCGUCGAGCUUGUUCGCCCGUCGUUUCGGCAGCGACUCGUACAUCCGUCUGCGCAUCGCGCCGGACCUACUCGGCGAACCCGAGAAGUUCACUCGCAUCGCGCGUGGGCUGCUCCUUCGCCCGUUCGUCAUCUGUGGUCGUACAUACGAAGUUCGCUACACGAACCGCGAUGGCGUAGCGUUUCUUAUGGCUUCGAGCACCACUACGCCGCGAGGCUUACCUGGAUGCGAAGGACAACGGUUCAUGUCCUUCCACAAGUUCUUCCAGUGGUUCAAUCCCAUUCAACUCAAUUCUGACCAGUACAUGGCAAAAUACUGCGCGAGAGUCGCGCUUGGCUUCUCCAACUCGGUUCCGGGUGGUGUGCUCGAGCCUGAGAACGUUCGUACGGCACCUGAUAUCGUGUCUGAGGAUGGAGAGCUAUUCACGGACGGAUGUGGCUUCACGACGCUCUUCACGCUCGAGUCUAUUCAGAAGCGCCUCGGCUGGCCGUCUAUGCCAACGGCGAUACAGCUUCGCACCUUUGGUAGCAAGGGCAUUGUACAUCUUCAUCCCGAUGCCGAGCCGCACCUGCGCAAGGAACUCGCUGUCUAUCUACGACCAUCUCAAGUGAAGAUCCACCGGACAUUGGCGCCCAACCUCGAUCCCGCUCAUCUCGAGAUAUCCGUAUUGCGCCCAGGACGUAUGAACGCGUCCGUCAAGAUCUCCCAAGACAUCGUCGUCUGUCUUGCGGAGAACGGUGUUCCAACAGCAGUCUUCGAGAAACGUCUUAGGCAGCAGUUCAGCGACGUCGUCUCGUGCUUACUCGAUUGGCCGCGCAAGUGUGAAGCCGGUCAACCGUCUGAUAUGGUCCGCCUUUGGGCGGAAGUUGAGCGGACAGGGAACGUCGUCGCUUCCAGACAUGCCCGGCAGUCAAGCGGCUCAGCGCGUGCGCGAGGCUUUGUUCUGGAGGACUGCGGCGAGGUUGAUGACGAGGACUAUCUUGACGCCGGAUCUCAGGGCCGCGAUAUCAGCAUCGAACGCUCGCUCGCGUGGUGGCCGGACGACCUCAGCGGUAUGCCGUCGGCGUUGGACGAGACUGCCCUCGACAUGAUUCAGGCCGGAUUCCGUCCUGAUCAAAACGCUGUACUCGCUCACAAGCUUAAGCACGUCAUAAUCAGCCUGGUGAAGACCAUGUCUCGCGCCCUGAAAGUAAAGCUGCAAGUGCCCAUGUCCGCAUCGGCUUGGAUAGCCCCCGAUCCCCACGGUGUCCUCGAAGAGGGCGAGAUCUUCUUCAAAAGCAGUAAGCACAACGUAUUGUUACCGGAUGGGCGGUACAGCGACACAUUCGUCGGCUGGGUUCUCGUUGUACGAGACCCGUGCAAGCUUCCCAGCGACGUACAAAAGGUCCGCGCCGUCUUCAGAGAAGAGCUGCGCGAUUACCAUGAUCAGAUCAUAUUCUCCACAAAGGGGAAACAGGCUCUAGCUAGCCUUCUCGCAGGAGGCGAUUAUGAUGGAGAUCGAGCCGUUGUCAUCUGGGAUCCGGAGAUGGUAGUUCCGUUCUGCAAUGCCGACGCAAUGUAUGCGACUCCUCCAGCGGCACUCGACAAGGCCUUCAACAAGGACCCACUCAAGGUGUCGGAAUUUGUUGUCAAGCACCCAUCUCUCGACGGUGGACGCAUGCGUGCUAUGCAACAAGUUAUCUUCAUGCCAUUGAAAGACGUCUAUGCACCGGGACUCUACUCUAACAUGCACGCCAACAGUGCAUAUGUCAACGGAUUCAACCACCCGCUGACCAUAGCUGCUGGCUGGAAAUUCUGUCUCACUCUGGAUGGCGCGAAGAGCGGGAUGAGCAUCAAGGAUGCCACCUUCGCCGCAGACAAAAAAAGCUACGCUUCCCACCGCAACCCGAGAUGGAAGCAUCAACUCGAUCCCGACGCGUCGAAGUUCCCACCUCUGACGCGACGGAAGGACCUCAAGCUCUCCACGUUCGUGCUUGAUACUCUCUUCGGUGUCGUGGCUACGGAGGAGAAGGCGCAGCUAGACAUCGUAUACAAGAAGUUCGAUUCUCUCACGCCAUUCUUCGAACUCGACCCUGUUCUCUGCGCCCCAGCGAGGCAAGAGCUCGAAGCCUGUAAGGCCGCCGAGACGCGCGGGCAUGCGCAACCUCUCGAGGAGUUUAAGAGGCUGGAGAAGCACGUCCAGGACGCGCGCCAGGCACUCAACAAUGUCAAACGCGAGGCGCAAUCUCGUCAUAAGGUCCAGUCAUUCACCGGGCUUCCUAUUCGAGUGCGCCAGGACGUUCUGCGCUCAGGCUCGCGCCAAUUCUCGUCUUACCCCGAGAUUGAUCAUCCACGGUACGAGUGGCUCUGCCGUGUGCGGGCCUCGAUCGCGUACUCCAGAGAACACUCCCUUUACAGUCAGUACCCAUACGAGGUUGCCAUGCGGGACUUGUGCAAGAUGAAGGCAGAGUCGCAGGGCGGAGGAAAACCGAUGACGGCCGAGUUCGCGGAUGUGAUGAAGAUUUGGAAGGGUGUUCUGCCUUAA